AUGUCUGAAGAUAUCGAACUGCAAGACAUGAGCGAAGAUCGCCAGCAAGGAGAAGAAAACAUUUAUGCUAACUUAUCCAGUAGCACUCCACCGAAGAAGGCAGGACCAUGCAGCUCACCCAUCGUGCGCUACAGGUGUGCUCUGGUGUUCCUGGGAGUGUUGUGUGCUCUGCUGGCCAUCAUCAUUAGAGUGAUGUGGCUCAAUCAGAUACACACAGAAGACAAUCACCAGCAGACCUGCGAGAACUUCACUGAAGUUACAAGUUAUGACAACAACCGUGAAAUAGCGACUUACUGCAGCAUCCUGAGCAGAGAGAAAUCCCAGUUAGAGACCAACUACAACGCCCUGAGCAGAGAGAAAUCCCAGUUAGAGACCAACUACAACACCUUGAGCAGAGAGAAAUCCCAGUUACAGACAAAUUACAACGCCUUGAGCACAGAGAAAUCCCAGUUAGAGACCAACUACAACGCCCUGAGCAGAGAGAAAUCCCAGUUACAGACAAAUUACAACACCUUGAGCACAGAGAAAUCCCAGUUAGAGACCAACUACAACGCCCUGAGCAGAGAGAAAUCCCAGUUAGAGACCAACUACAACACCCUGAGCAGUGAGAAAUCCCAGUUAGAGACCAACUACAACGCCCUGAGCAGAGAGAAAUCCCAGUUAGAGACCAACUACAACGCCCUGAGCAGAAAGAAAUCCCAGUUAGAGACCAACUACAACGCCCUGAGCAGAGAGAAAUCCCAGUUAGAGACCAACUACAACGCCCUGAGCAGAGAGAAAUCCCAGUUAGAGACCAACUACAACGCCCUGAGCAGAGAGAAAUCCCAGUUAGAGACCAACUACUGCGCCCUGAACUGCGACAAGCUUCAAACAAUGGAUGUGACUCUGGAUCCUGAUACAGCUCAUCAACACCUCAUCCUGACUGCUGAUGGGAAACAAGUACAACAUGGUGAUACAUCACAGAAUCGCCCUGACAACCCCAAACGCUUUGAUCCUGUUAUCGUUGUUCUGGGCAAGCAGGGCUUUAGCUCUGGUAAAUUUUACUAUGAGGUGCAGGUCAGUGGGAAGACUAAAUGGUCAUUAGGAGUAGCCAUAGAAUCUGUUAACAGAAAAGGGAGCUCUACAAAUGGGUACUGGAAAAUAUGGCUGAGGGAUAGUCAGUACAAGGCAUCAGCUGUCACCCUCUCCCUGACAGAGAAGCCAGAGAGGGUGGGGGUGUUUGUGGAUUAUGGGGCAGGUUUGGUCUCAUUUUAUGAUGCAGACAGGUGGAGUCUAAUCUACUCUUACAAAGGUGCCCCCUUCAGGGAGAAAAUCUAUCCCUACUUCAGUCCAGGCCUUAAUGAUAAUGGCCAGAACUCUGCUCCACUGGUCAUCACUCCAGUCCCCUGUGUCAAAUAA